UGACAGACUAUAUCUCCAGGCAGUAUUCACAUGCUUUAAACUGAAGCUCUUAACUUGGCAGCGCAGUUUAAGCAAACAAACUCAGGCUGUUGAACACAAUGAUUAACAGGAAGCAGGGGAGGGGACACAGUUACUAGACUCUGGCCGGGAGAAGAGGCUGAGGUUAAGGUCUUAGAGCCGAUGACUUGCAGAAUGGUCACCUCAUCCACUUGCGAUUUCACGGUGGGAACAGGUGGACUCCCUGGAAUCCGCACCGCUCUGAGGACAUUUGUUUUUGUGUAGACACAGGUUGCAGGUUAGCGGGAGAACAGGCAAGCCAAAUGCAAAGGAGCCACUUCAGAAAUGUGUCAGAGAAAAGUGAAAAUGCAACCUAGUGGUAAAUGAAGAGGGAAAGAAGAAAGAAAAAGGACUAGAACCGUGAACUGAAGGGACAGGGAAUAGCCAGACCAGAGCUUCAGCCAUCAAGAAGAUGAUUUCGCAACGUGGAGAAAAUGUAAGUUAAAUAUAUCUACACUCUGAUCCUAUCUUAAGAGAGAGAUAUUUUACUCAUUUCCUGGUUGUGAAUGAUGGGCUCUUGGAAGCACUGUCUUUUUAGCGUAUCUCUUAUUUCUGCCCUGAUUUUUGUAUUUGUUUACAAUACUGAGUUAUGGGAGAAUAAACGUUUUCUGAGGGCAGCUCUGUCCAAUGCUUCACUGUUAGCAGAAGCCUGUCAUCAGAUUUUUGAGGGGAAAGUUUUUGACCCAACAGAAAAUGCAUUGAAAACUACCCUUGAUGAAGCUACCUGCUAUGAGUACAUGGUUCGAAGCCACUAUGUAACAGAAACACUCUCUGAAGAAGAGGCUGGGUUCCCUUUAGCUUACACAGUGACAAUCCACAAAGACUUUGGCACUUUUGAGAGGCUCUUCAGGGCGAUUUAUAUGCCCCAGAAUGUGUACUGUGUGCACCUGGAUCAGAAGGCGACGGAUGCCUUUAAAGGUGCAGUGAAACAGUUACUCGGCUGCUUCCCAAAUGCUUUUCUGGCUUCCAAGAAGGAGUCAGUCGUCUAUGGGGGGAUCUCCAGGCUCCAGGCUGACCUGAACUGCCUGGAAGACCUUGUGGCCUCUGAGGUUCCCUGGAAGUACGUCAUCAACACCUGCGGGCAAGACUUUCCCCUGAAAACCAACAGGGAAAUAGUUCAGUAUCUGAAGAGAUUUAAAGGGAGAAAUAUCACCCCAGGGGUGCUGCCUCCUGACCAUGCUGUUGGACGGACUAAAUACGUCCACCAAGAACUGUUAGACCACAAAAAUUCCUAUGUGAUUAAAACAACAAAAUUAAAAACUCCUCCUCCUCAUGACAUGGUGAUUUACUUUGGCACGGCCUACGUAGCUCUCACAAGGGACUUUGCUAACUUUGUUCUCCAAGACCAGCUCGCACUUGACUUACUCUCCUGGUCCAAGGACACCUACAGCCCCGACGAACAUUUCUGGGUAACACUCAACAGGAUUCCCGGUGUUCCUGGCUCUAUGCCAAAUGCAUCCUGGACUGGAAACCUCAGAGCUAUAAAGUGGAGUGAUAUGGAAGACAGUCACGGAGGCUGUCAUGGCCACUAUGUACAUGGUAUUUGUAUCUAUGGAAACGGAGACUUAAAGUGGCUGGUUAAUUCACCAAGCCUGUUUGCUAACAAGUUUGAGCUUAAUACCUACCCCCUUACCGUGGAAUGUCUAGAACUAAGGCAUCGCGAAAGAACCCUCAAUCAGAGUGAAACUGCGAUACAACCCAGCUGGUAUUUUUGAGCUAUUCGUGAGCUACUCAUGACUGAAGGGAAAUGGCAGUUGGGAAGAGGAGCCUGUUUUUGUGAGAGACUUUUGCCUUCGUAAUGUUAAUGGUUUCAGGACGUUUAUAGCUUCAGGACUUGGCUACAUAAUUAUACUUAAAAUGUCCACUGGACGCUGUGAAAUACACUAACAGGAUGGCUGGGUAGAGCAAUCUGGGCACUUUGGCCAGUUUUAGUCUUGCUGUUUCUUGAUGCUCACUUCCAUAUUAGCUUAUUGUUGGGAUCAACAAUAAUUUUAAAUGACCUCAGAUCUUUGAACCAGAUACUCAUCAUAUUCAAAUGUUCUAAUAAAAAAGAGAAUUGUAGAUAAUACUGUCUAGGAAACUAAGAAUUAGGUUUCUUUGA